GGCUACUGGCACUCGAACUGUAGACGCCAGUAUGAACAUCCGACUUUACCAUGUUAUCCUAAAACGCCUAGGGGCUCAAGGUCUCAUUCAGAAUCUCUUUCACGAUGGGUGACCGGAGGCCAUUGCGAAUAGGGAUCAUUGGAGCGGGACUCGUUGGUGCUACAGCCGCCAUUGCCUUGUCCCGAUUAGAGAAUGUUGUCGUGAAAGCGUUUGAGCGUUCGCCAGGGCCGCGCGAGGAGGGUGCUUGGAUCUCCUUCAACGUCUCUGGUCUCUCCAUCCUGGAUAGGCUCAUUGAUCUGGACCAAAUCCAGCAGAUCUUAUACCGCGGAGACUCGAAUGGAGCCUACGUGAGCAGACAUUGGAGGACCGGAGAGAUACUUGCGCUGGCUCACUCCUCUCGUCAUGUGGCCGAGAAGUUUACCCAGGCGCGCACGCAUCGCGUUCCUGUAUUAAAUGUGCUCUUAUCAAAUGUCCCAGCGGGAACCAUUCAGUAUGGUCGUUCUGUGCUUGGAACUGAAGUCACGGAAGAUGGAGUGCGGGUGAAUUUUAAGGACUCGGAACCAGAAACUUUCGACCUGGUUGUAGCAGCCGACGGCAUCUACUCUAAAAUCAGACAGCAGUACCUCUCGGCGAAAGUUGAAUUUAGAGGCGCUGUUGCUUACCGCAAGAUCUUUCCUGAAAGUCAGGUCAGUCAUAUCCGCGGCCUUCCAAAUGACACGUCGGUGUGGCGGGGCAAUGGCGGGUUCAUGUUUCUAUCACGACUUGGGUUGGGCAUGUAUGGCGUUGUGGCCAUAGUACCGGAAAGCCCCGAAUUUGCAGCCACACUAAAAUGGGCACGAAGUGUUGGGUCUGAAGGACUACAAAGACUCCGACAACGUUUUUCGAAUUGGGACCCGAUAAUUGACCAAGUACUCCAAACAAUGACAGAUAUAGAUGCAUAUCCCCUUGAUUCGGGGCCAUGGAUGAAAGAGCUCGUGCGAGAUGAUCGCAUAGCCUUUGUUGGAGAUGCUGCGCAUCCUACUGCUGGUGCUUAUGGAGCUGGCUCUGCAAUGGGUUACGCUGAUUGCUGGGCGCUUUUCCGCUCUUUAGAGCAGUCAUACAAGCGGCCCAAACCAAACGCCCCAUCGAUAGUAGAGAGUCCUGUUCCGCCUCAUCUCUACGACCUACCCCGUGCGCUUAGACUGUAUAACGAAACACGGCGCCACUUCUUGGGUCGUGUAGAGCUUCAAAUGGCACUCGACCGAAAUGAGAGUGCGUACCUGGCUGAAGCAGAGGAUGAAGAAGAAUGGAUUAGGAGAUUCAAAGAGCGUCAUUCGAAUCAGAUUUGGCUAACUGAACAUGACGUUGAAGCGGAGUUCCAGAAAACGUUGGCCGGGGAGGCUCAUUGGCUUUCUCAAGUUGAAGCAGCUAAAGGAGUGAAAGCGCACUUAUAAUAGAUGUUGAAGAUUGAUUGAUAUAACAUUGACACAUGGACAGGGUCUAGAGGGGACAUGGAUAGAUUGCUUCCAGUAGCAGAACCAUAGCGUGUUGGCUCACUCUG